AUGACAGAAAAUCAGAUGAUUCCGAAGCCGAACAACCGCAAGCUCCCUCGAAAGAACGAGAAGGACACCGGCGUCUUCUGCCGAUACAACCAAUACAAUGGCCACGAUACGGAAUCGUGCAUCGCGCUUCGCAAAAUCAUCGAACGCCUCAUCAAUGAAGGAAAACUGGAUCAGCACCUAAGCACAAAAAUGGCAUCGGACCAACCACCGAAUCGGCAGAUCAAAAUGAUCAGCGGAGGGGCGCCCAUAGCUGAAGCCAGCAAUCGUUCCAUAAAAAAUUACAUUCGUGCCAUUCGGCACCCCCAGAUCCUAAGCGUAGCGGGAGGACGCAACGACAAGAUCCGACGAAUCGGCUGGGAACCUAUCACUUUUUCUAAAGAGGAAGAAAGAGGCAUCAUCUUCCCCCACUCCGAUCCCAUGAUCAUACGAGCCGAUAUUUCCGACUUCGAUGUGGGCCGAAUCCUCAUAGACACCAGCAGUUCGGUCAACGUGCUAUUUGCUGACGCUUUCAAUGCCCUCGGCAUAGACCCUCAGCAUCUAAACAAAGACAUCACCCCCUUCUGA